AUGCACUCCGGCUUUCCAGUUCUGCGGAAUACAUUCCACACGAACUUCGUGGUGAGAUAUACAGGCAAUGUCCCUAUUCCUGACGGGGCGGAUGCGGAAAUAGCCCGGAUGUUCCGGAUCUGGGACUCUGCGCGGCAGGCGACCAAGGAGAGGCUUGCUGAAUUGGGGGAGGCGGAUGAGGGCUUCCUGUUUGGCGGGUUUAGUAUUGCUGAUGCAUUCUUCUGGCCUAUUCUCUGGCGCUUCCGCACAUACGGUCUUUCGCUUGAAAGUGCCGGCUCGGAUGCUCUGGACUGGAUGGCAAAGAUGUGGAGUGAUCCUGUGUUCAAGCGGUUGAGCGACAGGUAUUUCCGGCAGGCGGAGGAUCCCGAGACUUGCAUUGCGCAUUAUGAUGAUAUCUUCCGGGGUGUGGACGGUGUGCAGUACGGAUUCUUCCCCGAGGAUUGGGUUUUCUCUGUAUCUGCCGGUGGACAGUGA